AUGGAACCCCUGAGUGCCGGCGCGAGUGUGCUGGCCUUUAACAUCUUGACACAACUCCGUCAAUGCAGAGCCUUAACCGAGCCCAACGUCGACUUACACAAUAUCAGGAAUCUGCUGGAUGCUUGUACCCAAGAUAUAGCGAGCUUCAAGAAAGACCUUGACAAGGUACAAUGUGACCCAACUACCACCAAAUAUCAACAAGUAUGGAAGCGGGUCAGAGCAACUCUGGCGGAGAAGUCACUUACUGGAAUGUGGCUCAAGCUGAACCAUCACUGUAACGUGCUGCAGUUCCAACUCAAUCUUCUACAAAGUGACGCUACGCUGGAUUGCAAGACCCAGAUCCACGAAAUCCAGGACACUCUAUCCGCAGGAAACUUGCAGGUCUCGUCUUUGCUUGGAACUGUGCAGGACGUCAAGGUUUCAGUGGAAGAGGUGGUCCGGAGCACUGCCGCAUCUGUCAACCAUACGAUCGGACAGGCUUCAGGAGCAACGAAUGCCCAGUUGCAGAACAUAUCCACUCUACUGGAAGCAAUCCAAGCCCAGGUCUCGGCAGGGUCAACCCGGUCUGCUCUUUUCCAACACCACCAUGCGCCGUUACAGGAGGACAGCCCACUAUCUGCGCACUCCAACGAGCCCGUCGGAGUGAAUCCAGAGCUGAGCGAGUGUCUUGCCAGAUUAUGCAGAUUGGGCUCGCGAGACUCGGGAACAAUAUUCUACGAGGAAGCGGAGACCAUUAUCGAAGAUCUGGAAUGUUUUCUGUCCGCACUGUUGGAGCUCAAGGAGACUGAGGCUGUCGUUGCAGCAAAGAAAACAAAGGAAGAGAGAGGACAGGAUGCAAUGGUCACACGCCGCGACAUGAAACGCAUCCGUGGUCUGAUUUCAGCGUCUGGCGCCAUAGAUGUAAAUCAAGCCCCCAAGCGGCUCACUACGCCAAGGGCUCGAAAAGUCGUUCAAAAGCAACACAGCAUCGAGCUCACACUGCCUGGUUGCAAGGCAACUAUCACUGUUAGCAGAAGAGCCUUCCAAGAAUUUUGCAAUCCGCCCAGGCAGGGACAACUUACCAACGAUUCCCACGCAGAAGAAUUCUUCGCAACUGUUAAGGCAUCUAUCGACGACGUUCAAUCACCAGCCGUCCUCGUUGCUUACCUGCGGCAAGUCCGGUCCGAAAAUGGAUUUUCCUCCCUGCGUCCUGUGAUUUGCAUUGGCAAAACCCUGCCCAUCGGCUCUGCCAUAUUUCAUAUCGUGUCCCAGGGCGAUGUUGAGGGACUUCGGAGGCUGCUUGCUCGCGGAGAGGGAUCUCUCAGAGACAGGGAUUCCCGGGGAACUCCUCUUUUACACUACGCAGUCGCGGGCGCCAGAACAAAGAUCCAUGGCGACAUGUGCAGUUUUCUCAUUGAUAACGGAGCGGACGUUGACCAGAAUGCCCAGCGUCCUUGGAUGAUCGAUGGAGAUUCCAGGACGGCAAUGUGGCUGGCGCGUGAGGCUGCCAUUGAGUUCGAAGCCAUUUCAGACCACUUUCGUCUCCUUCUGGAUGCUGGAGCAGGUCCUUGCUCUGCACUUUACGACAACGUAGACGAUCCAGACUUCAGAUUCAAGCUGUCUUUCGACCAUAACGCGAUGAAAAUGAUACUGAACAACUCAAUACCAUUCGUCGAUAUCGGAAGCAGGGACAGUCAAGGUUCCACAAUGUUAUUGUCUUUUGCUGCCAAAUGCUCCAGCUAUGACGACCCCGUGUCACUUUUUACCCUUUAUUUGGCGAAAGGCGCCGAUAUCAGCGUCCGAGACGGACACGGCAGAAACUGUCUUCGACUCGCGCUUGAAUCUUUGUGGGAUGAAGAGUGCAACGACCAAGUCCGCAAAUGCGUCGCCUUGUUGAUUCGAAAUGGUGCCGAUAUCCACUCUGUGGACGAGGAUGGCGUUUCAGUAUCCGACUAUGCCUACGAAAAUCCCAUUCAGUUAGAAAUCGGCUCCUGUCGAGGCGAUGUGUGGGAUGCUGCGCUGUCAGAGUGUGGUUACGAUAUACGCCAAAUGCGCCAUGGUUACCAUCGACUACCAGUGUGCCCCGACGGAGAUUUUGACCUUUCGGAAUACCAGCAGAAAUCUAUCACACGGUUGUGGAAAGGUCGGGAAGACGCAUGUCCGUACUACCAUCAUCCGCCUGCUUGGUGUCCACGGAGCACUUUGCCAUCAGGGCUCUGUCCCUUUGGGGGACAUGACUGGCUCUGUCCCGGCCCAGAGGCGGCACCCAGCCAACAUCCUGAAAGUCCCCUUCCACGCACGCAAAAGGUGAGCGAGCCAGAGACUGAUGAUCUCCAUGGAGGGGUCGGCAUAGUUCGAGCGGGAAGCAAGGACAGCCAUUGCACCACCGAAGAGGAAUUCUACGCCGUCAAGGAUUUGAAGGACAGCGACCCAAGUCUGGGAAGGGAGGAAAUGGAAGUCAACGGGUUCAAUGGGCCCGGCGAGUCAGUGUCAGGCACCGCACAAAUCAGGGCGAUUGCACAAGAGGAUCCUGCUGCUGAAAGCGCUUCGGACUCGUCGUCCGAAUAUUAUGACCUUUACAACGAUACUUGA